AUGUGUUUAUCAUGUGAUCCAAGUCGGGUUUUGAUAAAUUCAAUUUGCACUGAAAUUUCGUCGAUACUUGAUUGUAACAAAAUUGAAGAUUCUAAAUGCACAAAAUGCUCGUUUUGGAAAGCACCAAAUGAAGAAGGCACUGCGUGUGAUACAAAGGCGGUAUGGUGGAUGCUCUUAAUUGUGAUUGUCAUAUCAAUUUUGGUCGUAAUUUUGAUUGUCGCGGUUGUGAUAGUAAAAACCAAUCAUAUCAUUACAAAGAUUCACCAAAAUGAAAUUGAGAAAAUGACGACCAUAUUUCCAAUCAAACGAUCAAACGUCCAAUUCAAAGUUGUUUCAAAUGGCGUUUGUGUGAGUCCAAGUGAAAUCAACUUGAAUUCCGAAAUAGAAGAACUUCCAAUUAACACCAAAGAAAAAAUCUUGUUCUGUGUUGGAAAUACAAAAGAACGCACAUUGAAAAUCCAAUUUUCUCUUAAAAGUGAUCAAACCAAAUUUGCAAUGAGAACGGAGCCUGAAAUAGUUGUAUUAAAGAAAGGGUUUGCAUGUGAAUUUACACUGAUUAUAACACCAUUUUGCACAUCUAAAAUCGACACAACAAUUCUCAUCAUUUCCAAAUCACUUCAAAGUGGCAAAGAGAGUUUUGAUGAAAUACGAAUGAGUGGGGUAACAGCACAAUCAACUCGAAUUGAUCCAGACGAAAUCAUUGAAGAGAAGAAACUCGGGGAGGAUCCUUUGACAUCGUGUCUAAAGGCACAUUCAGAGGCAAUCAAGUUGCCAUUAAAAAACUGA